GUUACCAACUGGCGAGUGAGAGGGACUGACGUGACGCUUAUCGGUUGGCGAUUUGAAUGCCACCAGCACGCGCUGUAAAAUUUAUUUUGAAAGCAGAGCCAUCCUUUCGAGACUGAUGAUAAUAAUUUUGAAUUCUAUUUGGAAAUUAACGUAAAUUGGUGAAUUCUACAAGGAUACUGCGUCGUGUUGCCGUAUGGUCCUAUAAAAAUCCUGAAAUCUGUUACCUGUAACUAAGUUAUCCUUGCAGCGGAAGGUAGAAACCACUCAACAUGGAGACACAACAAACUUUUCAGAAGGAGGACGACAAAUACUUCUCGGAGGAAAGCGAGUACUUACAACACAAAGUCCGACUUGCCCAUAAGAUUAAUAUGAGCGAUGUAGCUUCGGGAAAAGGUACUGUGUUUGAAAUAGCAGAGGAUCAAGAUGACAUGCCAGGGGACUCUGGGGACAUGGAUGAUUUCUUUUGUGAUGAAUCCCUCAUCAAAAGCUUGUCUCUUGGAGCUGGCAGUGGGAUGUUUGAGGAAGAAGACAGUUUAAAUUCAGAUGAUAAUGCUGAACCAUUUGAAAAGCUGGCACUCAAGAUGGAAGAUGUUAGUGGAGAUGGUGGAGUUCUCAAAAUGGAAGUAAGACCCGGUGUUGGGAGUGACAUACCAAGUGGCUCUGUCAUUACCUUCCACUACAGUGCCUUCUUAGAAUAUGGGGAUGAACCUUUUGACUCCACUGUCCUUCGCAAAAAACCUGAACGCAGGACCCUCGAUGGACUUGACCUUCUACCGGGAUUGAACAUUGCUUUGAAAACAAUGCGCAAGAAUGAGACAGCUAGAUUUCUUAUUAAACCAUAUUAUGCAUUUGGAAAGUUGGGAUGCCCUCCAAGAGUUCCUGGCAACGAGACUAUUCUUUAUGAAGUUCAGGUCAUAAGUUUCGUCGAUGCUGCUGCAGCUGACAUGUACGAACAACAGGACCAGCAGUGUGCUACUUUUCAGGAAAAGUUGGAAGGGGCAAAAGGAUACCAUCGAAAGGGCAAUGACCUUUACCAUGAAGGUAAUCUUAUUGAAGCAAAAAAGGCAUACACUCGCGCAGCGUGGAUCAUGGAAGACACUAAGUUGAAAAACCAAGAAGAGGAAAAACAGUGGGGCACUGUCUUGAUAAAAGUUCGUAGCAACUUAGCUCAAGUAUUUUUAGACCUGAAAGAACCUGCAAAAGCUUGUACCCAGUGUAAAAUAGGGCUUGGCAUAAGGGGAGUUGAUGCUGAUGACAUAAAGUCUAAACUUCUUUACAGGUAUGGAAAGGCAAAAAUGAUGCUUUGUGAUUUCAAUGGUGCUGUCAAAGAGUUGAAGAGAGCUCAGAGGCUCAGACCACACAAUCUUGAUAUAAGUGAAGCUUUAGAGACCCUGCUAAUCAAGAAGGAAAAGUAUGAACGACAGGAGAAGUUCAUGUACCAGAGAAUGUUUCAACCAAAAACCAAAGCAAACCAAGAAGCCAGUCAGGGUUUAGAAAGCUCUAAAGAUCAAAACUCCAACAUCCUUGAUGUGCGACCAGAGUUCAGAGAGGUUAUAGACAAACAGAUUUUUGAAUUUUCAACCAAUCCAAAUAUUAAUGAGCUUCCAUUUCCUUUUAACCUUAAUCGGGAUGAGAUUGCUUACAUUGCUGCAGCAGCUAAAGCUGCUGGCCUGCUUGUAACUGUUAAGCAGAGGGGAAUGGAAACUCUUUUGAAGAUUGCCAAACCAUAAGGAUACUUAUGAAAGACGAUCAGUAAAUUUUACCAUGUUUUUUAUUUCUGUAUGGAAGUACCUGAGGUGGAGAUGCUGUGAUCAGUAGCUGUAUAUUUUCCUUAAAAUUACAUCAUGAUUUUUCCUUUGUAGUUCUCUUGGUAAGUUGGUAGUUACCUAUAGUUCUUACAUUAAGUUGAACAGUUGCUAAAGUAAUAAAAGUACAUGGUGAUAUGUGUGUAUGUGUAUA